AUGAAGUCAACUCAAGCUUUCACUCUGUUUACCAUCGCGCUCCUUACCACCCUCGCGACCACCACCUUCCGCUUCGCAUCGGUCGAUGCCCUGGCCGUGCCCUUCAAGGAGGCUCGCGUCUUUGACGACUACCCCGUCGUCUUCCGCGAGCUCGUCGCCAAUGAGAUUGAUGUCGGCGCCUGUAGCAAGGCUGUCCUCUCCGGAAAAAACCAAUCCAUCCCCGUUCAGUCCAUCGACAUCCCGGCCAACUGGCAUGCCAUCUCCGUCCGCCUGGAUGAUUUCGAAGCCUCCCGCUCAGAAGUCUGCAAUCAGUGCGUGAUUCUCCGAUCUGCCGAGACCGACAAGACGAUUCUUGCGACCCUUGCCGGCGACUGCUCCAGCUGUGAGGAAAACCAGAUCAAUCUGACACCUGCGGCCUACAAGGCUAUUAAUGAGGGGGCCGCGUCGAAUGAGACUGCUUCGGGUGCCACUCCUGCAACUGUGUCGGAGGGGUUCUUUUCAGUCGUGCCUUGCCCUCGUAACGCUGGGGAGGUUGCCAAGUUUGCAAAGGCUUUGGGCAUUCCUGCCAAGACCAUCGAGGAGACUCUUAAGCGUGGAUGA